UCAAGGCAAUGGUCCUGACUGAGUCGCGGUUUACGAGUAAGACUUUUUCACUGCAAAAGCCAGGGAAAAACACUCCACGUUGAAAUGAACCAGAGGCCAGCAGUCGCUAUGGAUUAAAACGGAAACUUUUACGAUGGCUGUUAAUGUGAAAAAGUAGGCAAAACAUCAGCAGACCUUCAGCAAGCAACUAGAUGCACGAGCCUUGCUAGUAUGAGCGAGCAGAGCGGUCACAAACCUGGCUGCAGUAUUUUCCUCAGUAUUUUAACCGAAUCAGCCUCCUUAAACCUUUAACGACUUGUGUUACUUUAAAUUCUAAAACAGUCAAAGUCCGGUACACUUUUGAUUCUGAAAGAGUUAUGGCGGGGAAGGUGACAGCAGGCUCGGGAAUACUGCUCGUGACAGCCAACGUUGGAUCGCUCUUUGAAGAUCCUGAUAACCUACAGAAGACAUGGCUGCGGGAAUUCUACCAGACUGUCCAAUCACACAGGCCCCACUUCAUCGCAGUGCACUGUCAAGAGGUGGGCGGGAAGAACUACGAAGCGUCCAUGUCACACGUGGAUUGUUUUGUCAAAGAGCUGCUGUCCAGUGAUGCCAUGAAGGAGUACAACAGAGUCCGUGUCUACCUCGACGAGAACUACAAAUCCCAGGAGCAUUUCACAGCACUAGGAAGUUGCUACUUUCUUCACGAAUCAUUGAAAAACAUCCAGCAGUUUGAUUUCAAAGCCAAGAAAUUCAAGAAGGUGGUUGGGAAAGAGAUCUACUCAGACACACUAGAGAGCACACCCAUGUUGGAGAAGGAGAAGUUUCCUCAGGACUACUUCCCUGAGUGCAAGUGGUCCAGAAAAGGCUUUAUCAGGACUCGAUGGGCUCUGGCUGACUGUGCUUUUGACCUGGUCAACAUCCACUUGUUCCACGAUGCCUCCAACAUACUGGCCUGGGAGAAGAGCCCCUCAGUCUACUCCGGGACGAGACAGAAGGCCCUGGGCUUCGUCUUAGAUAGGAUCACUGACCAGAGGUUUGAAAAGGUGCCAUAUUUUGUCUUCGGAGACUUCAACUUCAGGUUGGAUACAAGGCAGGUUGUUGAGAGUCUGUGCUCCACUGCCACCAUGCAGACGGUCAGACUAGGUGACACCAAUGAAGUUGAGAAGCUAAUAUUCAGAGAAUCUGAGAACGAUCGCAAGGUUGUACUUCAACUUGAAAAGAAGCUUUUUAAUUAUAUUAACCAGGAUGUUUUCCGGGAAAACAAUGGGACCCUGUUUUUACAGUUUGACAGUGAGCUGUCCUGUUUCAAGGAACGGCUGCACGAGCUGGAGAUAUCCUUUCCUCCCAGUUAUCCGUACAGUGAAGACAGCAAUCAGGGAAAGCAGUACAUGAACACUAGAUGCCCUGCCUGGUGUGACCGCGUCCUCAUGUCUGCCACAGCUAAAGACCUGGUCUUAAAGCCUGAAAAUGAGGAGAAGAACUUGGUCUAUGACAAUAUAGGGCCCAACGUCUGCAUGGGGGACCAUAAGCCUGUCUACCUGUCCUUUCGUUUAACAACCGGGGCAGGUAAAGCUAAUGCAAAUAAGCACAAGUGUUGUAACGUGCAGUGAUGUCUUGGAAAGUGGUGCCAAAGGGUGGAAAAGAUAUCUGCGUGAAGCGCCUCUGUGAGAAGAACACGAGAGUUGGACACAGGAUACACACACACACACACACACACACUGAAGACCCUAUACAGACUUUUCAGCAGUGCUGACCAGUUGCAGUCGUUCUAACACCUCAUUCAUACAAGCUGUUGUUUUUCCACACAACAUGUCAGUAUCUGGACUACCCACCCGAGACACGUUUGCGAUAAGACACAUCUUACUGACCUCACCAUUGCGACGCACCCUAAUCCCCCAGAGAAAGGAAGGACAACUAUUUUCCAUGUCACAGCCUUGUUGCCAAAACUCUAAUAGAAAUUAGUCAUAACUACAUUAUUUUAGAUACCAUAUUUGCAAUUUUAGGUACGCCUCUAACAUAGAAGCUACUUCCAUAAGAUGUUUUUAAAAAGUGCAAUGCAAAAAAAAUUGUAUAUCUAUAUUGUUAGGUUUAUUUGUACAUUGGACAGUAUAACAUAGAGUUGUUGAUGGUUUUAGUGCUGUUUUCUCUCUUCUGACCAAACUUUGUGGUCCCACUGUUUAGAAUAGAUAAAUAUUUUCACUUAAUUUCAUUUAGAUUUUAUUUUCGAGUUUUUUUUUUAUUUGUCAUUGCUGCCAUGCCUCACAUCAGCUGAAUCUCAUUUUAUAUACUGUACUUUUUAAAGAGAUAAUUUAUCAUUCUUACCACAAUUGUUAUGCUGAAGUAUAUGGAGACAAUAUGGCUGCUGGGUGUUUCAUCAGCCAUGACCUUUGAAUCUAACAUUACAAUGGAGAGAAGAAAAGAAAAAACUUUUCAGCCAACAUGAUUUAUAUAGCCUAUCCAAGGAUGUUUUAAGCAGUGCCAUAGAUCAUAUAAGAUAUUGUUUCAUAUAUAGCAGUCUCACAUUAUUUCAUUAUUAUUAUUCUAACUUAUUUCUGUGUAAUAAUAUUAUGGUUCUGAAUGUGAUGUUUUUAGAUAGGCUUGGGUAUCUAUUUUUGUUACUGCAUUAUGGUGCCAAGUAUUGUACAAAGAAAUGAAUUGUGUAAGAGUUAACAUAAAAUAGUUAAGUCCAACUAAUAGAUAAAGGUAUUGAUUAUACAUUGUAAAAAAAAACAUCAACAAAAAAACGCUAAAGUCGGGAAAGACCAGGAAGAAUUGCUUUUGAAUUGUGUAUGUAGCCUUCAACAGCCUUCACUGCUAUGUUGCAAAUUAAGGUCCUCUCAUCGCUCGUUCGAGCGUUAAAAAGCGAUUAGGGGAGGCUGUUGAUGAAACGCGAAGGUUUCCUUUUAUUGAUUUAAUUUACUACACUACAGAGUUCAGACUGUGUGAAGCCGUUAGAUUGAUCCAGGAUUUUUUUUCUUCAUCUAAAUCACCGCAAGUGGAAAUUAUUUUGUGACUGCCGCUGAAUUUGUUGUCUUAACAGUGUGAUUUGAUUCGUAGGCAAAACUGCUUGUUUUUCCCGCUGGUCACGUGAUUAAAGAAGCUGCAGUUUGUUCACUUCUUUCAGCAGAUAGAGAUUCUAUACCCCAUUGACGUCAUGGCCUCUAGUGUUGGUUAUGCGGUUCUCAAGCAAUAAAACCAUUAGAACUCAA